CGUUCAAGAUGGCUGUAAAUUUGCACAUGUAGCAAUAAAAUAGCUGUUUUCAGGUCAAAAGCUCUUCCCCACGGACGCUCGUAGCGGCACUGAAGUACACUCUCUGUACAGACAAGACAUGUGGUGUCGUUGCAUGUCCAGACACCGCGUGGUGCAUCCGGUUUGAUCGACUGACAGCCCAUUGAAUCGUGUUUGGAUGGAUUACACCGACUCCGCGUCCGCUCCUGCUCUAUUACAACUACGGCCGCCAUCUUCGAGUCGGUCAGGUAACCUCGCCCCCCCAUUCUAUUACUUUCCUCAUCAAGAGGAGCCACUAGCAAGCAGCUCAGGACCGCGUUUUAUUUGCCUUCGCCUUCACCCUCACCCCCAUCACUUGGCACAUUGUACACAUACAAAUACCACUUUCCCGGGAGGCCCUGCCAUGUUUCGCCGGAUGGAGGAGUCGCUGACACCUGACCCGGUCUACCCAGCCGAUUUGGAGCAAUUGGGGUUCUUCGUCGACGACAGCGAUGCUGCUUGCAUUCGAAAUAUCCAGACCCCGGAGCUCUAUUUUGACUUCCACCAUACGAACAACCAGCGUCACAAUGAAGUGCGCUCCGAGGCGAUGCGCGCUUGCAUGCGGCAAGAAGUCGAAGAGCGGCUCAUAGCCCUGGGACUACACCGACUGUAUUUCCCAAAGCUCACGACCAUCAAACCUGCAGGACCACAUAUGCCUAUACUCGCCCCAGCCAUAGAAGCCCUUAAGCAGCGAAAGCGCGUAGUUGUCCUCAUCGGAGACGCCGUCUUCUCAGACCUAGGCAUUCUCGCAUAUAGGGAGCUACAGCGAGAGGGUGGGAUCAAUGGUGGUUCCAUCGUGAACUUUGCGAAGACCUUGGUUUCGCGCAAUGACCCAAUUCUACAAGAGCAUCUGUUCAAAGAUAGGGUUGGCGUUAACAACAAACUGGUCCCCGGUCUCAUUGUCAUGAAUAUCGCGGAGCAGCUCUACUCUCACAAACACAACAGGACGCUCACAGUCCGUGGCUGGGAGACAUUGCCUCGCAAGUCCACGUUCCACGAGGCUGCAGCGAUUGAUGAAUUGGAAAACCGGGUUGAAGGACAUCGCACUGAGCAGGAGCAUAUCAAGACAGUGUUUGACAAAGUGAUCAACAACCCCAAAUACGUGGCGCCGGACUCGGAGAUAUACGUCAUUGCCAUAGAGCUUGGGGCUGCACACAUGUUGGAGAUUUUGAACGAAUCCUUCAACCAGUAUGGCGCACGUAUCGCAGCUAUGGCCAUUAUCAACAACUACCGGUUCAGCAAGGAACAAAUUACCAGCAAAUCCUUGGAGACAUUCCUCCACCAGCGAGCGAGGGAAUGGAAAGUAUCGGGGGACCCGAGCAAAAAGCCAUCUGAGUUGAUGGAGCUUCCGCAACACUACACGUCGCCGUCCGCAGAUCAAGAGUACUCUGCAGCCCUUUGUCCAACUUUCCACGGAGGCGAGACGAAUGUACCAGAGUGCAUCUUCACCCAGGCCACCGUCCAACGCGCCAUUCUAGACUUCUUCGACGAGGUGGCCGAAGCCCCAAAGACAUAUCGCAACCCGACGUUCACCUCUACGUCCGAGGACCAGGGAACAGAUGCGCGGAAGCCAACACCUGCUGACCCUCAGCCCUUCUUCGCGCGUCGCGAUCCAGACGCAAUCGAACUCGUCAUCGAUGAGUCGGACUACCCCUUCAAAGACGCGCCCACGCCCGAACGCAGCGCCGUCGACGACGCCAAAGGUGCGCUCGAGGCAAUGAAGCAUGCGCUCGCGUCCACGCCCAUGAGCACGCCUGCUCUCCAGGCGAGCCGUGAGCGCUUGGCGCAGCGCAUCGUGCAAAAGGCGGCGGAUAUCGAGGAGUUGGAGAAGGAGGAGAUGGUUCAGGCUGGGGAGGAGGAUACGGGGGACGUGCAGGCCAAUGGUGAUGAGUGGAUCCCCAAACCCGAGUUUAAAGGUCCUAUAGUCCCCUUUGCGGGUACGGAGGUGCACAGCGAGCUUGUCGAGAAUGUGGCGGGCGAGGAUACAGUUCGAGAUGAGCUGGCAAAGCUGGGGUUGGAGUAAAGGAUGAGCGAGACAUGAUUUGGAGAGGACGAGGUUUGCACGAGUGAGACAGAGUGCUUGAGGCUACAGUAAUAUAUCAUAUGGAAGAGGCUUCCGCCUUUUCUUCUUCUUGGUAUACAAAAUAUGUCCAGACUACUUUGGAUACUGUUUGGGUUCCUUUUAUCUGGAGGCCUGAAAUGUGCAAGACUUUGAAAAGUGAAGCCAGAAAACGCCAGCCAAUGCAUCAUUUUUGGGAGGAAAAAGAGUUUCCGCUUCCCUUAUUCUCCCAACGUCUUUCACGUCUUGAGCUACGUCUCCACACCUUGAUCCCCCCUCCC